AUGUCCGACGUUACCACCGCCAUCACUACGGCCUGUACGUACAAGGCCCGUGAUAGUGAUAACAUUGCGACCACCUCUGGUUCCGACAUUCGACCCGACGCCGGACCCCGAAAGCGACGACACUCUUUCUUCAUACCCAGAAGACGAUCCAUUGUCGGCCAUAUCAUGGAUGGCGAAGAGGGUCUUCUUCUCAAAGUCGACCUGUUCCUUUCGGAGCUCGAGCGCCGUCUCGACUUCAUUGAGAACUACGUUGACCUGAGCAAGGACUCGAGCAUAUCGCGCACCUUUUCCACCCUACAGGCUGUUCGCUCAAGAUGCUCCCAUGCUUCCGAGGAAGUCCUUGGUGCCGGACGGCGCCGUCUACACAUCAUGGUCGACACUCUUGAGACAAGGUACAAGGAGACCCUGGAAGCCGCAGAGUCACUGAAUGAAAAGGCUCACAUGGGUGUCGACUUGCUCGAGACGAUGCUUUCCGACUUUGAGACUCGCGCCUACAAGUUGCGCGAGCAAGGUUUCGCAAACGCCGCCAAUGCCGCCGAGGCCUUUAUGGAUGAGGGACGUCGAGUCGCAAAUGAGGGUAUUGAGCGCGCCAUCCAAGCCGCUUACUCUCUCGAGGAACAUAUUCAACAGGCUAUCGUCUUGGCCAAGGAAGGGCGCCUUAUUUCUUAUGACGACCUCCCCUCUCCUUGGCGAAACAACCCCCACAUCCACAAGGGCUAUCGCUUCACCGAGUCCAAACUUGAUUGUAUCCGUUCAGUCUUCACCCCAUCUAACGAAUUGUUCAACAUUUGGUCUCAUGCGCUCGGUCUUGUUUUGGUCCUGGCAAUUGCGCUCUACUUUUAUCCUAAUACUGUCAAUUUUACUCUCAGCAGCAAGUCCGAUGUGUUUGUCGCUGGUGUCUUUUUCGUCAUGGCUUGCCUGACACUUGUCUGCUCGACAAUCUGGCACACCAUGAACGCUGUCGCAGAUGUGGACGCUAUCUCAAUUUUCGCUUGCGUCGACUAUACCGGCAUUUCUCUGUUGAUUGCCGCCUCAAUCAUGACGACUGAGUACACUGCCUUUUAUUGCGAUCCUGUCAGCCGUUAUAUCUACAUGGGCUUGACGGCGUUCCUAGGAAUUGGUGGCGUCAUUCUCCCUUGGCAUCCUCGGUUUAAUGGUGCCGAUAUGGCAUGGGUUCGUGUCGCCUUUUACGUUGGUCUUGCCUUGACUGGAUUCCUUCCUAUGGUGCAGCUCGGAUGGACUCACGGCCUCGAUUUUGUUUACGAUUUCUACUCGCCCAUCUCCAAGUCUAUGCUCGUCUAUCUCUCGGGUGCCUUUGUUUACGCUAGCAAGAUCCCUGAAAGAUGGUAUCCCGGUUGCUUUGACUACAUUGGUGGAAGCCACAACCUGUGGCAUGCUGCUGUUCUCGGAGGCAUCUUGUUCCACUAUUCAGCCAUGCAAGCCUUCUUUGCCAACGCUUUCCACCGAGCUGAGGGUGGCUGCCCAUCUUACUAA